ACCUUGCAGCAGCAGCAGGGCUCCGGAGUUUUUGCAUCACGCAUGAUGGAGGCAGCUCUCAGCCUGAAGCCGUGGAGGCGCCCCUGGGGGAGCAGGGUCGUGCUGCUGUUCAGCCUGGCGGUUCGGAUCAUCUGUGCGGAUGGCGGAGGGAUGGAGGAGCUGGCCACGGAGAAGGAGGCAGAGGAGAGUCACCGCCAGGACAGCGUUAAUUUACUCACCUUUAUUUUACUGCUGACGCUGACCAUUUUGACUAUAUGGCUCUUCAAACACAGGAGAGUGCGUUUCCUGCACGAAACCGGCUUGGCUAUGAUUUACGGUUUGCUGGUGGGUGUGAUCCUGCGCUAUGGAAUUCCCUCCACCAGUUACCACAAUCAGACUCCGCCCAGCUGCUCCCUGAAGGAGGGACCGGUCAGCACGCUGCUGCUCAACAUCAGCGGGAAGUUCUUCGAGUACACGCUGAAGGGCGAGAUCAACUCCAGAGAGAUCCACAACGUAGAGCAGAAUGACAUGCUUCGGAAGGUGACCUUUGACCCUGAGGUGUUCUUCAACAUCCUGCUGCCUCCGAUCAUAUUCCACGCAGGAUACAGCCUGAAGAAGAGACACUUCUUCAGAAACCUGGGCUCCAUCAUCACCUACGCGUUCCUGGGAACCGCCAUCUCCUGCUUUGUGAUUGGGAAUCUGAUGUAUGGCGUGGUGAAGCUGAUGCAGGUUGUAGGACAACUCACUGAUAAAUUCUACUACACCGACUGUCUUUUCUUCGGAGCCGUCAUCUCGGCGACAGACCCCGUCACUGUGCUGGCGAUCUUCAAUGAGCUUCAUGCUGAUGUGGAUCUUUACGCCCUGCUGUUUGGAGAGAGCGUCUUGAACGAUGCCGUGGCGAUUGUCCUCUCAUCGUCUAUUGUGGCCUACCAGCCCAGUGGCGCAAACACACACACGUUUGACGCCGCAGCCUUUUUUAAAUCCGUCGGCAUUUUCAUCGGGAUCUUCAGCGGCUCUUUCGCCAUGGGUGCGGUCACCGGAGUCCUUUAACUCCGUGUUCACGUCACCAAGUUCACUAAGCUGCACUGUUUCCCUCUGCUGGAGACUGCGCUCUUCUUCCUCAUGUCCUGGAGCACCUUCCUGCUGGCCGAGGCGUGUGGCUUCACAGGUGUUGUCGCAGUGUUGUUCUGUGGGAUCACUCAGGCUCACUACACUUACAACAAUCUCUCAGAGGAGUCGACCAAACGCACCAAACAGCUGUUUGAGGUGCUGCACUUCCUGGCAGAGAACUUCAUCUUCUCCUACAUGGGUCUGGCUCUGUUCACCUUCCAGAACCAUGUCUUCAGCCCCAUCUUCAUCGUCGGAGCAUUCAUUGCCAUUUUUAUUGGUCGAGCCUCAAACAUCUACCCCCUGUCAUUCCUGCUGAACCUUGGACGCAGACACAAAAUUGGUGCCAACUUUCAGCACAUGAUGAUGUUUGCAGGACUGCGAGGAGCGAUGGCGUUUGCACUGGCGAUCCGUGACACGGCGACGUACGCAAGGCAGACGAUGUUCACCACCACGCUGCUCAUCGUCUUCUUCACCGUGUGGGUGUUUGGUGGAGGAACGACGCCCAUGCUGUCCUGGCUGCAUAUCAGAGUUGGUGUGGACCCUGAUCAGGAUCUGCAGCCGUGUGGAGACAGCUUCCAGGUCCUUCAGGGGGAUGGAAGUCAGCAGGAAGGCCAGAGCAAGACGAAGCAGGAGAGCGCCUGGCUCUUCAGACUGUGGUACACUUUUGACCACAACUACCUGAAACCCAUUCUGACCCACAGCGGGCCUCCGCUCACCACCACCCUGCCAGCCUGCUGUGGACCUCUGGCACGCUGCCUCACCAGCCCUCAGGCCUAUGAGAAUAGCGAGCAGCUUCGGGAUACUGACUCGGACCUCAUCCUGACAGACGGGGACCUGACGCUGACGUACGGCGACACAGCCAUCACGGUUAACGGCGCCUCAUCGUCGUCAUCUGCGUCAGGGCCGAAGAGCGGCAAGCACAAUGGCAGCACGUCUGAAGAAGCGCUGGAGAGAGAGCUAGUGGACUCACGGGAGCAGGACCUCCUGACCCGGGGCACACGUCUGGUUUUCCCCAUGGAAGAUCAUGCCUGAGAUCAGUCGCUAACUCCUCCCCCUGCACAUUCUUUCUCUCUAUCUCUCGCUCUCUUUCCUCUCUCUCCAUGCCUUGGACACCUUGCUCCACCUGGUUCUCCUACGCUGCUUUAAAGACCUCGGGCAGGGGAGAGGGAAGGCGAGAGGUGAAGAGUCCGAGCGAGAAGAUCUCGUAUGUUUACUGAACUGCAGAAGAUGCAGAACAUUAGCGAUACUGUGAUUUUCAAGAAAAUAGACAUUUGCUUUUUCAGAGCAUGGUGAGAAACUUACUUGGUGAGAUUUUGGGCAUGCUGGAGGAAAUGUGGGUGGUGAUUGGCUGGAGGUGGGGAAUAUAUUUUUUGUUUGUUUGUUUUUUGUUUGUUUCAUCAGCCACCGCCCACACGAAACAGCUAAAAACGUGAAACCUAAGUAUAGAUGUGAAACCUGUCUGCCGCACAAGCCAGCCUCUUGUUCUAAUGCGCGCACAUGCACGCACACAUGCACAUUUUCCUUGGAAGAAUUAGAGAAACGUCAACCUUUGGGUUCAUUCAGUGUAACCCUCACAUCCAUUCCAUGCUUCAUUGUUCAUUAUUCAAAUGUUUAUAAAUAUGUAAAACACGCUGGUGAAUUUUAUGAGCUGCUCCCAGAGAUGAGGCGUUCUUCUGUGUCUGAAACUGGCUGCAUUCCCAGAGCAUGUUGUCUGAUCUCCUGAAGCAUUAUGACCAAUAUCAGGUGUCAGGAAGUGUACAUCUUCAUUAAAAGUAGAAAUAUGGAGGCA